AGCGGGGCAGGACCGAGCACCCAAAGGGACCCGGGGGGUGGCGUGGGGUGGGCGGAGGUGCCUGUUCUCCGGGGCGAGCGGCUCCUUCUUCUUUUUUUUUUUUUUUUUUUUUUUUUUCCCCUGCCUUAUUGGAGCUUUUAGCAUUAAAAGUUUCUUCAGAAACUGUUUUUCAUGAGAAACCAGCCCUGGCUUUGCAGCGUUCCGUGGCGUGUUCUACUCCCACACGAGCCGGGCAGUGACUCAUCUUCCUCCGAGGACUCGGGUAAAGGAGGACCGAGAGAUCUCGGGGGGAACGCGCACGUUCCCCCAAAGGGACCCGGCUCACCCGCCGCGGUUCCGCGGACCCCGUCAGUGCUUCCUCCGCGUCUGCCGGGGAUCGAGAGCGAACCUUGGGUGGCUCCAUGUCCCAGCUCCAGAGCUCCUGGGAAAUGCACCAGCCAAGCGUGGCGUAUCUCCCGGAUACAGACAUGGAGACCGUGGCUGCUAGCACAUCGCUUCCCGACCCGGCCGGCGACUUCGACAGGAACGUGCCGCGCAUCUGUGGCGUCUGCGGGGACAGAGCCACCGGUUUUCACUUCAACGCCAUGACCUGCGAAGGCUGCAAGGGCUUCUUCAGGAGAAGCAUGAAGAGGAAAGCGAUGUUCACCUGCCCGUUCAACGGCGACUGCAAAAUCACCAAGGACAACCGGCGGCACUGCCAGGCGUGUCGGCUGAAGCGCUGCGUGGACAUCGGCAUGAUGAAAGAGUUCAUCCUGACGGACGAGGAGGUCCAGAGGAAGCGUGAGAUGAUUCUGAAGCGCAAGGAGGAGGAAGCGCUCAAGGAGAGCCUGAAGCCCAAACUCUCAGAGGAGCAGCAGAAAGUCAUCGACAUCCUCCUCGAGGCGCAUCACAAAACCUAUGACCCCACGUACGCCGACUUCACCAAAUUUCGGCCCCCCGUGAGAAGCAACGCCAGCGGCAGGGGGGCUGCUCGCUCCUCCUCCAUCCUCACCCAGGACUUGUCCUCGGAGGAUUCCACCGACCUCUUUGGCUCCGAAGCCUUCGGCACGUUUCCAGAGGCCGUGGAGCCCCAGAUGUUUUCGAACCUUGUCCUCUCCGAGGAGAACGACGAGAGCUCCUCGAUGAACAUCGACUUCUCUCACCUCUCCAUGCUCCCGCACUUGGCCGACCUGGUCAGCUACAGCAUACAGAAGGUGAUCGGCUUUGCCAAAAUGAUCCCGGGAUUCAGCUCUCCCUCGGGCUCUUCCCUUCCCAGGGACCUGGCGGCGGAGGACCAGAUCGCCCUGCUGAAAUCCAGCGCCAUCGAGGUGAUCAUGCUGCGCUCCAACCAGUCCUUCACCCUCGAGGACAUGACGUGGACCUGCGGCAGCAACGACUUCAAGUACAGGAUCAGCGACGUCACCCAAGCUGGCCACAGCAUGGAUCUGCUGGAGCCACUCGUGAAAUUCCAGGUCGGCUUGAAGAAGCUGAACCUUCACGAAGAAGAGCACGUGCUCCUCAUGGCCAUCUGCAUCCUGUCCCCAGAUCGCCCGGGCGUGCAGGACACCUCGUUGGUGGAAUCCCUCCAGGAUCGCCUCUCGGAGAUCCUCCAGACCUACAUCCGCUGCAGGCACCCUCCUCCCGGCAGCCGCCUGCUCUACGCCAAGAUGAUCCAGAAGCUCGCCGACCUCCGGAGCCUGAACGAGGAGCACUCCAAGCAGUACCGCUGCCUCUCCUUCCAACCCGAGCACAGCAUGCAGCUCACGCCGCUGGUGCUCGAAGUCUUCGGCAACGAGAUAUCGUGACUCGGCAGGAUGUCGCGACGCCGGCCGCGGGAUCGAGCGCGUGUGCGCGCGUGUGUGUGUCCCACCGCUAAAGGGAUAAGUCAGCAGCGAGCGGAGGGGACGUGGCGGGAGAUUUGGACGUAGACGGGUUGGUUUCACACUACUGGGGGGUUCCUGCUCCGUCUCAGCCGCGGCGGGUGAGGUUUGGUCGCCGCGGAGUGGUGACAGACCCAAAUCCGUGUGGGGUUUUUUUUUUCCCCCCGUAUUCCGUGAGCGGCUUUUUCCCCUUCCCUGCUGGCUGUGAGAGCUGACUUAUCCCUUUACGGAUGUUUUUGAGGCCAGGCUGCCUCGAAUCAUUUCUUUCUUGACCCCAAAAAACAAAAAAAAAGCCCCCAAAAAAUCGGGUUGCU